AAAGUUAUAAGUUUAUAAAAUGCCCCUACGCUUAGAUAUAAAACGCCAGAUUACGGCACGUUCUGACAGAGUCAAAUGUGUUGAUUUGCAUCCAACGGAGCCCUGGAUGCUCUGUUCUUUGUACAAUGGAAAUGUCAAUGUGUGGAAUUAUGAAAACCAAACUAUGGUCAAAAAUUUUGAGGUGUGUGACCUCCCAGUUCGAGCAGCCAGAUUUGUGGCCAGAAAGAAUUGGAUUGUUACUGGUUCUGAUGAUAUGCAGUUGAGGGCUUUCAAUUACAAUACAUUGGAACGUGUUCAUGCUUUAGAAGCUCAUUCGGACUAUGUCAGAUGUAUUGCUGUUCAUCCUACACAAUCGUUGUUAUUGACUAGCAGUGAUGAUAUGUUGAUCAAAUUAUGGAACUGGGAGAAACAGUGGGCUUGUCAACAAGUCUUCGAAGGCCACACACAUUAUGUAAUGCAAGUUGUAUUUAACCCGAAAGAUAACAACACAUUUGCUAGUGCUUCUCUGGAUCGAAGUGUUAAGGUUUGGCAGUUGGGCAGCACAGCCAACUUCACCCUCGACGGUCACGAAAAGGGCGUAAACUGCAUCGACUACUACCACGGUGGCGACAAGCCCUAUUUAAUAUCCGGAGCCGACGACAGAUACGUCAAAGUUUGGGAUUACCAGAACAAGACUUGCGUUCAGACGCUCGAGGGACACACACAGAACGUGUCGGCGGUCUGUUUCCAUCCAGAGUUACCCAUUUUGUUAACGGGUUCGGAAGACGGCACCGUCAGAAUUUGGCAUGCCGGCACCUACCGAUUGGAGUCUUCGUUGAAUUAUGGCUUCGAGAGGGUCUGGACCAUCGCUUGUAUGAAGGGCAGCAAUAACGUCAGUCUGGGGUACGAUGAAGGUUCAAUAAUUGUAAAAGUCGGUCGUGAAGAGCCUGCAGUGUCUAUGGAUGUCAACGGUGGUAAAAUUGUAUGGGCAAAACAUUCUGAAAUGCAACAAGCUAAUUUGAAAGCAUUACCAGAAGGUACAGAAAUAAAAGAUGGUGAGCGUUUACCAGUUGCUGUGAAAGACAUGGGGUCGUGUGAAAUCUAUCCACAAACAAUUGCACAUAACCCGAAUGGAAGGUUUGUGGUUGUUUGUGGCGAUGGUGAAUACAUAAUCUAUACAUCAAUGGCUUUACGUAACAAAGCUUUCGGUUCAGCCCAGGAAUUCGUAUGGGCCCAGGACAGUUCCGAAUAUGCCAUCAGAGAGAGCACAAGCACUGUUAAAGUCUUCAGGAACUUUAAGGAAAGAAAAUCGUUUACUCCGGACUACGGAGCAGAUGGUAUUUUUGGAGGUUUUAUGCUAGGCGUACGUUCAUCCUCCGGACUUUCACUUUACGACUGGGAGUCUUUAGAGUUAGUAAGGCGCAUCGAAGUGCAAGCAAAAAAUAUAUACUGGUCAGAAGCUGGUGCACUCGUGUGUGUUGCAACUGAAGACAGUUAUUUCAUCCUGAGAGUCGACACUGCUAUGAUUCAAAAAUGUUUGGAAGCUGGUGGUAUUGGUGAGGACGGAGUCGAGGAUGCUUUUGAGUUUCCACAAAACAUAGAAAGAAACGCCAAACAAGAAUGGCUAGAUUAUCUAUCACAAGGAGGCAAACCAGUUCACGUCGAACAAACAAAUGGCACAAAACCAAUAAUUGUAGCGAGUGAUGAACAACCUAAUACCGUGUUGCAUGAACAAGCUGCAUUUAAACGCAAAAACUCUGUAGAAGCUGUCGAUGAGGAACUGGAACUUGAAUUGGAUGGUCUUCAAUUGGACGAAAAUAUAGACACAACAGAUGUAAAUUUGGAUGAUUGGAGCGAUUGAAUAUAAAGUUUAGUACCAAUAUAUCAUUAUUGUAAUUUUAUAUUAUAAAUAUUGAAUA